UGUAUCCAAACCAAUCAGAGCCACGCAAAGUAAAUAUUGCAUAACAGUAAGCGAAUCAAAGCUCGCUAUUUGAAACGAGGCUGUCUUAGCGGCAAAGUUGAGCUUCGUUUUUGCAUGGAGGUAUUUUUACCUCCAUGGUUUUUGUCGAAAUUUUGUUUUUCCCGUCUGUCCCGUCAAUGAAUUUUUACCGAGUUUUGCGAAAUUCCGAGUGAUUUCUAACGCCGUUUUCUCACAUAUCGUGGCAGUGCUCUGCGUCCUCUGCAGUGCUCUGCGUCCUCUACACAACACAGCCGACGCGAUGGGCAGAUUGAAAAGGGAAAAAACAACAAAACCCCCCCGACGCUGGCUGCACCACAGCGUCGGGGCAAAAUCACAGCGUUGGGGUGAAAAUUCACAGCGUCGGGGCCCCCGACGCUCAAAUGCGCUGGCGAGAACCCUGGUCCAGGACAUCAGGCCAAGGAGGAUGUCAUCGUUCUCGCCCAUCAGGCCAGACUCUGACCUGUCCAGGACCUAUGUCAUCCCUGCUGAGAACCCUGCUCCUGUGGAGAACCCUGGCCCAGCUGCUGCAGGCAGUCCUGCCCCUGCUGACAGCCCUACCCCUACAAAGUCGGCUGCAAGCCCUGCCCAGGAAGAUGGUACAAGCGCCACACCAGAAAUCCAGUCAGCGGCCAACGUGUCAGCAGGCCCUGAAGCUACACUUGGCUACAGACCCUAA